CCCCAUCUUAUCCUCUUUCAUGAUAAACUCGACGGCCGCCGUUAGACGAUGACAGUAUCCACGGCGAAGCUCCCGGUCAUAGACCUCUCUUCUCCCGAUCGCUUAUCCACUGCCAAUUCAAUCCGUCAGGCAUGCGUCGACUACGGCUUCUUCUACCUCGCGAAUCACGGAGUGGAAGAAGAACUGAUCAAGAGAGCGUUCGAGGAGAGCCGCAAGUUCUUCUCGCUUCCGCUGGAUGAGAAAAUGAAGCUGCCUCGCAAGGAACACAGAGGCUACUCUCCUUUGUACGCCGAGAAUCUCGAUCCGGACUCCAGUUCCAAAGGUGACUCGAAGGAAGCUUUCUACGUUGGUCCUGUACGUGGUUCCGGCAACAAAGCGGAGCUGAACCAGUGGCCUUCUCCAGAAGUUCUUCCUUCAUGGAGGUCGACAAUGGAGUCUUAUCAUGAAAAGGUCAUGUCAGCUGCAGGAAGACUAAUCUCCUUGAUUGCUCUGGCUUUGAAAUUGGAUGAAGAUUACUUUGUGAAGGUUGGAGCCCUGGAUGAUCCGGAAGGCUUUCUUCGUCUCUUACAUUAUCCUGGUGAACUGGGUUCUUCUGAUGAAGAACCAAUAUAUGGUGCUUCUGCACAUUCAGACUAUGGAAUGACCACUUUACUCUUAACUGAUGGUGUAGCAGGACUCCAGGUUUGUAGGGAGAAGUGGAGACAACCUAGGGUCUGGGAAGAUGUACCACAGAUACAUGGGUGCUUCAUCGUUAACAUCGGAGACAUGAUGGAGAGGUGGACAAAUUGCUUGUUCCGGUCCACCCUGCAUCGAGUGAUGCCAACUGGACAAGAACGCUACUCGAUGGCGUUCUUCAUGGAUCCUAAUCCAGAUUGCAUUGUCGAGUGUUUAGAGAGUUGUUGCAGCGAGUCUUGUCCUCCCAGGUUUCCUGCUAUACGGAGUGGCGAUUACUUCACUGAGCGGUUUAGGCUGACCUAUGACUAGUAGAGUGAAGGCUAAGCUGGCGUCUGCUUUGUAUUAUAUAUCAUCUUUUUUUUUUUUUUUCUUAUUCUCUCUGUUGUAAUUUUGUAAAAUGACAAAACAUAAAUUCCAAGGUUUGAAUCCAUGGUGAAUGUUAUUAUCCACACAUUCGCCGUCGGCGUCUUCGUCGGAUGAGGUUUCUGACGAGAUUGGCGGUGGUCCAGCCACCUCCUUCACUUGCGACACCGGUGAGCGCGCUCUUGCCGGCAUCCUUCCUCCGUGGCGCAGAAUCAGAAUAUACUUUUUUGUUUUGU